AUGACGUCUCUCCUCGAUCUGGCCAAAGCCACCGAUGUGAUAAUCAUCGAUGAUGAGAUCCAGUUGAACUUCAUCGGGCAAGAGAUGAAGUCCGAAGUGAUCAAAGGGCUGCUGGUGGGCUUCGGUCUGGGUCUCCCAAUGGUCUCCAAGAACUCCUGGACGGAAAGCGCUGGGGACUUCAGGGCACUCGCCAGCCACUGCACAGAGCACGAAUCAGCUAUCAAGUCUCAGCUUGCACUGGAGUUGGCCCCAGACUUCGUUCAGAAGCGCGAGAACUACACCAAGCUACUGCGGCUCUUGACGGAAGUGAGCGGCAGUAAGUGGAGCAUCGUGGAUGAGAAGCCCCCGAGCAAGUCUCGGUCUAAGCACAUGAAGCUUUCAAGCUUCGCCGAUAUCCCGGGGUUGAUUCGCCAUAUGCGUGUCACCAAGUCUAAGUCUGUCCGCUGUGGGAAAUACUUGAAUCCAGAGUGA